CAGAGAAGGCCAAGGGAAUAAUCUUUACAGUCUCACUCUUGAUUCUGUCUCGUAUUUUCCAACGGAGGCUAAGCCUCUUUACCUUGGCUUCAAGUUAGCUUGAAACCAAGAAAAAAAAUUUAAUAAAAAAAAGAAAAAAAAAGGAAAAUCCAAAAAACAAAAUGGCAACUCGCAAUUUGAGUUUCUUUCUGCCCCUUCUUUUCCUAUCCUUCGCAGUACUUGUUCAUGCUAAUCUUCCUCAAUUCGAUUCGUAUUGGAAGCAACGGGCAGAAAAAGCCAAAAAGAACACCCUUGAGGCUUAUCGUCCUGAUCCUUUUAAUGUCACCAACGAGAUGAACAGUCAAGUUGGCAGGGCGACAGUAAAUUCCAACAGCACAAGAAGGCACUUGGCUGAUAAACGUAAAAGAUAUCGAGGCCCAUGCAUGGCUACUAACCCUAUCGACAGAUGCUGGCGUUGUGACCCUCACUGGGCGAAAAACCGCAAGAGGUUAGCCCAAUGCGCGCUUGGGUUCGGCCAUAAGACCACUGGUGGAAAACAAGGCAAGUAUUAUGUGGUCACUGACCCAUCAGACAAUGACAUGGUUAACCCUAAACCUGGAACUCUACGCCACGCAGUGAUCCAACUGAAACCCCUUUGGAUCAUUUUUAAACAUAGUAUGAUUAUUAGACUCAACCAAGAACUAAUAAUGACUAGUAACAAAACGAUUGAUGGUAGAGGAGCCAAUGUUCGUAUAGUAGGCGGUGCUGGUAUUACUCUUCAGUUCAUCAGGAAUGUGAUCAUUCAUAACAUCCACGUUCAUGACAUUGUUUGUGGCUCCGGUGGGCUCAUUAGGGAUUCUACUGAUCAUUACGGAUUCAGGACUCGAAGUGAUGGCGAUGGAAUUUCCAUCUUUGGUUCUACUAAUAUUUGGAUUGAUCAUGUUUCUAUGUCUAAUUGCCAAGAUGGGAUCAUAGAUAUUAUAAUGGGCUCUAGUGCUAUUACAGUCUCCAACUCCCAUUUCACCGACCACAAUGAGGUGAUGCUAUUCGGUGGAAGCGAUGGCUACAGCGGCGACACACUGAUGCAAGUAACGGUGGCGUUCAACCAUUUCGGUAGAGGAUUGGUGCAAAGGAUGCCAAGAUGCAGAUGGGGUUUCGUUCACGUUGUUAACAAUGAUUACACUCAUUGGCUUAUGUAUGCCAUUGGAGGUAGCCGGAAUCCUACAAUCAUUAGCCAGGGCAACCGGUUCAUUGCUCCUGAUAAAAUAUUUUGUAAACAGGUGACGAAGAGGGAGUACGCAAUGGAAAUCGAGUGGAAGAAUUGGAAUUGGAGAUCAGAAGGCGAUUUGAUGAUGAACGGAGCAUAUUUUGUUCAAUCUGGGAAAACUUUGACUCACAACCAAUUCUCAAAGUUGCAAAUGAUAAAAUCCAAGCCAGGAACAUUUGUGAAAAGGCUUACUCGCUUUGCUGGUACACUUAAUUGUAAACCGGGAAAGCCUUGUUAGAUUUUUCAUCAUAUCUUCAAUUUCACAGAUAUUAUCUAUUUAUUAUAUACUUGUCUUAAUUAGAACUCAGGUUAUAAUAUAUAGUGUUUGUCCAAAGAAUAAAAAAGCAAAAAAAAAAAAAAAAAAAAAAAAAAAAAAAAA